AGUGCUGUGUCUGGUAUGGGAACACUGACCAGUAAGCGACAGGCGUAUGGAUCCCAUAGAGAGAGAGACUGCUUGUGCUGUGGCAGUUACAGCCAUCAUCAGGGACAGUUGGGCGGCGGUCAUCUUAGGAGGAUACUGAGCAGUAACUUGGAGCAGAGGCAGAUGGUUGUGGUGUGUGACAGGAGUGCUGCACAGCUUACGGAGACACAGCUUCUACUCCCGGUGACCGGAGAUCAUCAUUAUAGCAGCCAAUCGAGCAAGAACACCAGUAAUAGACGCCGGGAGUCAUCUCCCAUAAUGCCUGACAUUACUUCUACAACAGAUGCAGAUAUUCAGAAUGCUGAAAAAGCGGAAGAGCCUGUGACAGCCUCCAGCCCCCCACUAAGAGAGGAGCACCAAGCACCGACUGCAGAGCAGGGCUAUUGGUUCUAUAGACAUGCUUACGAAGAGCAAAACUACAUGAUGCAGAUGCACAGGCAUCUAACGGAAGUCAUGGAGUGGGACUUUGCAGCAGUUGCUUCUGAGAUGCAGAGUCUGGGUAGAAGAGUGUUAAAGGUAGAUGACAACAUGAGAUCCUUGUCAGAUACCAUGGGCACCUAUGUACCAAGACAGCUGGCAUGCCAGAAAGUAAUGCUUAACACAGUUAGUGAGACAAACAUUUCACUGAAAACUGCAGUUGACUUAUUAGAGGGGAUCUCAGUACAACAAGACUCUCUGGACCCCUGUAAUGAAAAGGGAUGCCAAGAGGUGACUGGGGCAAGAAUUAAUUACCAGGGUCUGGACCCCUCUAAAGGCCUGGGAUUGCCGAGAAGGAGUAACCAUGCCCGCCAUGAUAGUGCAGCCAUGCCCUCCCAUCAAGGGAGCACCAGCACAGUGCACAACUCCUGCAAAUGGCAACAUAAGGGGCAUGGCAACACCCCUAAUUGGCCACACUCAAAAAAAUCUCAGCCCUCUGAAGUGCUUGGCUGCCCUGAUGCCACCAAUGAUUUUGAUGUGGAAAUCAAAUCAGACCGAUCUGAUAAAGAUCCAAAAAAAAGACAUUGCAGAAACAUCCUACAGAGUUCUGAGGCUAAUACUAGUAACUCACCUCAAUAUAAAAACCACAAAGAUAAAUAAAACAUGUGUAACAUG